AAGACCACCGCUCGGUUUCUAUGUACAUAUCUGGACCACCGGGUACCGGUAAAACUGUGUCACUUCACUCAUUGUUUGCCAGCGAUUUGGUUACUGAUAACUUCACUAAAGUGUACACAAAGGGAAUGCAUAUCAAUCAUUGAGCAGUACUUAAAAACUAAACACAAAUCUAUUCUUAUGGUACUCGAUGAAAUCGAUCAACUAUCAUCUAAAAAUCAAUCAAUAUUGUAUCAAAUAUAUGAGUGGCCGAUCAUUCCUCAAUCUAAUUUGGUUGUUAUUGGUAUUGCAAACUCUUUAGAUCUUACAGACCGAUUAUUGCCAAUGUUGAAAACUAAAGUUUCUUUGCAACCAGAACUAUUGAAUUUUCCACCAUAUACAAAAACGGAGUUAGCUAAUAUCAUAUCUCAUAGAUUAGAAAACGCAGGGGUUGCAGAAUUAUUUCCUGCAAAUGCAAUUCAACUUUUAUCUGCAAAAAUUGCUUCUUUUCGAGGUGAUAUACGUUAUGCAUUGGAUGUUACGAGAAGAGUUAUCGAGUUGGCAGAUGAUAAAAUUGACAAAAAAAUUGAAUUGAAUGAUGUGAUAGCUGUGUUGAAUAAUGUUUAUUCUACUUCUAGCGCACUUGAUAAUAAUGAUGAAAAUUCUGAAAAAUUACCAUUACAGCAAGAAUUAGUGGUAUGUGCAUUGUUAUUAUUAUUGUCUUCUGCUAAAAAAAAUCAAGUAAUUACCAUAGGAAAAGUAUUCAAUGUCUUUACUACUAUUUGUAAAAAACGCAACAUUCAAGUAAAAGAUCUAAGCGAAUUUAUAACCAUGUGUUCAUUACUAGAAACAAGAGGUGUAAUCAAGAUCUUAGGACAAAGAAUAAAUAUAUUAUCAAAAGUAUUGUUACUUUGGGAUAAAAAUGAAAUUGAUGAUGUAUUACAUGACAAACAGCUUUUGGUAGAUGUCUUAAAUGAUAAAUCUCUACUAAUACAAUAAUAUUUUGUUUAAAUCAAAGUGUACAGUUUUUCUUUUUACUAACUUUAA